AUGGCGAAGCAAGUUUGGUUGAUUCUGAGCCUCUUUCUUGCUACCGCAAUCGCUGAUUUCACAACAAACUGCCCACAAGAGUGCAAAUGUGUUUGGGCAAGCGGCAACAAACAAGCUGACUGCUCACACUCCCGUCUCAACGACAUACCCAGAAACUUAAGCGCAGAGAUACAAAACCUCGAUCUCACAGGCAACGAACUUUACGAAAUCACAAGACAUGCAUUCCAUGAUGUAGGUCUCAUCAACUUGAAGAAACUCAUCCUCAAAGAAUGCAAGCUCUUGACAAUACAGAGAAACGGACUGAGCGGACUUGCCAUCAUGAUAGAACUUGAUCUAUCCAAGAAUGACCUAAAAACUUUACAUGCCGACACCUUCAAAGAAACAGCUAAAAUAAGAUGGAUCCUACUGAACGACAAUCAAAUAGAGAAAUUAGAAGACGGGCUCUUUAAUAAUUUGCCGUUCCUACAGAAAGUAGAAUUGAGUAACAACAAAAUCCUACAAAUAGGAAUGAAGACAUUCAUGAACGUGCCCAAAUUAAACAUCCUCAGACUUGACGGAAACAAAUUGGAGUAUCUGAAGAUUGAUACAUUAAGUGCGCUGACGUCGCUUUCCAAUUUAGAUGUUCACGAUAACCCUUGGCGUUGUGACUGUUACUUACAACCGUUCAGAAACUGGGUAAUUAGUAAGAACUUCUACACUUCCCCCAUUUCUUGUGUAGAGCCCCCUAAAGUUCACGGAAAACUUUGGAAAGAGCUGGACUCCAGCGACUUUGCUUGCAAACCUAGCAUCGUAUACCCUUCCGUCAGUACAACACUACGAACAUCAGAUACCAACGUCACAUUAUCCUGUCAGGUCAACGGCAACCCGCUGCCAGAAGUCAACUGGGUCUUAAAUGCUCAAAUCAUAGAUGGUGCUUACAGAUACCAGGGAGAACUCAAAUACUACAUCACUGAAAGAAAUCUCGAUAACUCCAAAUGGGUUAAUUUAACUAUAGUUGAUUUAGGAAGCACAGACAAUGGCGAUUACCUGUGUGUUGCAAAAAAUGCUGGUGGAGUUGAAGAGCGCAGUCUGACGCUGGCAGUGACUCAGAGUUUCCCUGAGAGUGGAGUAGUUCCUGAAGGCAUGGAUAACAAUAUGCUGCCAGUGCUCAUUGGCGUGUCAUGUACUGCAGCUAUUGUGCUGAUAAUCCUGGUGAUACUCUGCUACUGCUGCUGCUUCAGACGGCGAGGUUCAGACAAGAAGAAAGCAGAGAAUUCUAACGGUGAAGCAUUGAUUGAAGGAUCUGUUAUACCCGAGAUGGAGAAGAGCCUAAUCACUGCUGUCAAUCCGGUGACGAAGCCUCCGAGAAGAUACGAUGUGCCACCAUCGAUCACCAGCGGCGCGACCGAAAUGUCUGAACUAAACAAAACAUUGCUGGACAAUGAUUCUGUGUUUGCUCACAACGAUGAUGAAAAACGCUCGCUAGACUUCGACCCGCCAUCAAAACGAUCGCAGGAUGCUCUCAACGUAGAAUAUGGCCGUACUGACGGUCGAGCCUACCCUCCUGAUCUACUGUCCUUCCCUCCCAGAGCAGCUCAAAUAUCACCAGCGGCUAGCAACGCUUCCACAGUGCCUGACACCACCAGGCUGCCACCACAACUCAACCCGAUUAGUCCCAUACACUCACCAAUAUAUGGCAUGACUAACCAAAAUCUAUUCAGGACUUUACCCUACUCUCGUUCUCAGUCGCCAUUCACAGCGCCCAUAACUCCUCCAGUCGUCACCCCAAGGCAAGGAUAUGUCACCAUCCCGAGGAGACCCAGAGUGCCAAGCUGGUCUAGUACAGCGAGCACACAAAUCCUGCCUAGCUCUGAAGCUCAAGAACCGUUGUAUGAUAAUCUAGGAUUAAGGACCACGGCAGAUGGCAGCUCUGUCUUAUCAUUAAAUAAAACGGGCCUAGAACCACAAUUCUCACCAAUGAGAAACAGACCCUUGCCGGCCACUCCAAUAGCCUACCCUAACCAACAUCCAGUGUACUACGCUCCUAUUGAAGAACAAGAGCCGUCUCCUUCGCCAGUACCUCCACAAGUGAACCGGAACAGCAUCAGCUCUCAGUUGUCACAUCAACUUUCUACUCCAGGCCCUCAGGAACCAGUGAAUCCAAGAAUGAGUUGGACUGCUAAGAACACCUCCACUCCACAACCUGAACCUAGGAAAGUAUUAUUCAGUGACAAAAGCGAUGCACAGUCCCAAGUGUCAGACAGCAGUACACUGAGCCGAAGAGGAAAGCCUGAAACUGGAUCUUUAAGAAGAAUUCCAAGGGUAGAUAGUAAGGAGGAGCCUAGUUCUCCAUCAAAGGAUGAGAGCAAGAAAAACGAGAGUGUAUUGAACCAAUCGGGGACUCUGGGCAGGAGUGGUAAGAUACCACCACGACCGCCGCCGAAGCCGAAGAAAAAGCCGAGUACAGAAGUGAACCCCAACGAGCCGCUGUUCGAGGACGAAGGAGAGGAUGGUACGGAAGUGUAA